AGGGAGCGGCAGGGCAGGCUGGACUGUGGCCCCGAUAGCCCGGGGUAGGCUGGACCUGGGAGGACCUGCGGGCCGGGGUCAGACCUGACUGACACGGCCCUGGCCGGGGAGGACUGGAGCGAAGUGAGACGUGUGCAGAGUCUUCCCGGAGGCCGCGUCUCCCAGGCUCUUGGGGGUUUGCCUAUGCAGCCCGAGGAGAAUGGGCUGGGGUCGCAGGCCACCAUCGCCCCGAGGGCAGGCGGGCGGGCCCCGGGGACCCGCAGUGCGGCGCCCGGGGCCUCGCCCCCCUCGGUCCCGCCGGAGACCGGCCAGACAGCCGCGCUCGCUGCUGCGGGGAGAGGUGGCUCAUUAGGGAAUCGCAUUCCUUUAGAACCAGGAAGUUAGGAUCCUGUUGCUCGAGUGUGUGUUUGGAAUGCUGCUCCCUUUUCCCCCAUACACUUGAUAGACUUGAGCGGGUCCGACUUUGAGAUAGUUAAGAAAUAAAAAUUAAAUGUGAAGACUCAUGGUAACCGGCCAGGAACCUCUUAACCACCUGCUUCUCAGUGGUGUAUAGUAGAACAUGAAGUUUGUUGAGUUGAGGUCAUUGCAUCUUGUGACUUUCAGUGAAUGUAAUCUUGUUAACCCCCUCGUUUUUUGGUGUAAGGUGGCUUUGAAUUUGGACUGACUCGAAAUGUGAGAAAACGACCCGGAGAAAAAUGAUCUCAAUCUGCCUUCCAUUCGCGACCUUCUCACUGGCGUUGGAAUACUUUGUUUUAAUCAUAAACUGAAACUUUGAAGUUUUCCAUAACUGAACAAACGGGAGGGCUUCCCAUGGCUGCAGUGGAAUUAGUUUGUAGCACACAGUCAAACAAGGGAGUUUUAAAUAGAGGCAAUAGCAACUGCAUUUGUUUCUUUUAGGAUAUUUAGCUGCUUCCCUUUUCAAAUUGAGUUGAAUAUUUAAAAUGCACUUGCAGUUUGUUUUGAGUUGGUGUUUGCAAGACCACAAGAGGAGAAAAGGGUGAUGGUUUUUGUUUUUGGUGGUCUUUUAGUAUAUUAUGUGCAAUUUCUAUACUUCCCUAACUUGGUUGGCUUCUCUUAUUUACAGUCAGGGUUAAUUUAAUUGAGGCUUUUUUUCUUCGUGCUUAAUAUACCAAAAUCCAGUAUUGUAAUCAAAUUGUACAAGAAAUAGUUUAAGGAGAUUUGUUGGGAAUUGCUAAAGUAGAAUGCUCUCUGAAAGUUUAUUUUUUAGUUAGUACAUUUUCCCUUAAAACUUUAACUAGUUAGAAAUAUAUUUCAUCUCAUAUUUUGAAAACUAAUGUGACUUGAGUUGACUUAUUUAUAUGGAACGGCAUGGCUUCUUAGUCAUUAGAAGCUAUCCUGAGCUCACCUUUGAUUCCAGCACUAGGGAGGCAAAGGAAGGGAGGCCAGCCUGGUCUACAGAUGGAAUGUCAGGGCUACACAGAGAAACCUAUCUUGAAAAAAACCAAAAACAAACAAACAAAAAACUUACUUUCUUGGUGACUAAAAUUUUGAAAAGUCUCAUAAGACUGAUGUAAGCAUGAAGCAUGCAGAUGUUUGCUUUUUGCUAUUUUUAUUGUUACUGAAUUCCUAAUUUUGAUAUUCUGCCUUAUAGGUGGCAAUUUUAAUUUAUUACUCAUGUCUUGAUCACGUGUCUCUGUCAUAGAAGACAGGUUCUGAGACAGCAUAUAAGUUUGGAGAAGGGAGCUAUACUAUAUGUGAGUAGGCUCCAGAGAGAAAAUAGAUGAUUAUAAUGGGUGUAGAAGUUUGCAUUCAUUUUUCCACACUGUAGAAGAGCAGCUGAAAUGAAGUAGCUGAAAUUUCAUAGUAAUGCUUUGGGGGCUUGUCCAUUUUGUAAAAAAGAAAAAAUCCUGAGAUUUGAAGAAUUAAAUAUAUGUGACUUACCUAAAUAUGUACAAAGUUUGACAAAGAUGUAUUUAAACUCUGUGGAAACAAAUAUUUCACUUAACCACCUGUUUUCAUGAAGAAGUCUUCACAAUGUUAUAUGAAACGAACUUCUGAAUGUUAAGUGAAAGUCUGUAUAACAGUUUAAUGGUGAUUACAGUAAACAGUGCCUUCAAGAAGCAGCAGGCACUCAGAGUUACAAACACUUUUAGACAUGGCUCAUGUUAGCAGCCAAGAAAGGGCUGAUAGACUCCUCUCACUGUCGUUUUUAUGUCAUGGGGCAUUCACACUUCUGCUGAACUAUGAACUAGGGUUAUAGUCUGGAUCUCUUCUUCUAGUGAGAAGUGAUGGUCUUUUAUGGUCUGCUGCAUAGGAUGAGGUUAAUUCCUGUGAAGCCCAUUUGCUCUUACAGAGUUAAAGGCGGAGUUUACAGUAUUUAACUAACAUACAGUGCUGCUGUCGAUACUUUGAGAUUAAAGUAUAUUCCUUCCUUAAUUUUAGAUUAGUAGAAGCAGAAAAAUUGUAUCUUGUUGUAAUUUCCACCAUUGAAUCAUUUUAACCUUAAAAUGCAGAUGUUGGAGGUGAGUCUGUUAAAAAGGGUUAGUGCUGCAGUUUGCUUAUAUUAUUUCAUGUGAAGAAAUCUUGUUUUGUUGUAGCUUGUUUUUGUUUUUCUGUGAGAGUUAAUUUUAGAGUACACAGUAAGUGAGCCCAUUACAGGGUUAAAUUCAUGAGAACCCAGUUUAGUUUAAAUGUUUUCCCCUGAUUUACUUGGCAGUUCAGAAGACUGAACCCUGGUACUUGGUUAUGCUAGGCAAAAUCUAUACUCCCAACCCUCUUUAAUAAAUUAAUUUUUUUUUUUUUUUUAAAUUAAGGCCAAAAAAAAAUCACUAAGUUACCCCCAGGCCUUUAUCUUGCUGUCUCACCUGACAGUAGCUGGGAUUACAAGCAUGUACCCCCAGGGCUAGCGAGUUUGCUCUCAUUGUUAGACUUGUUGAUGUUUUGGAGCUGACGCUCUCUGCAGUUACUGUAAUUAGAAAUGGAUUUUCUUAUUAGGGCAUGGAAUUGGAAUAGCAAGCCUCUAGAUUCCCUUAAGAAAAGGAAGGAAGGGGCCCUUUGUUCAGCCGCUGAGGACUCUUGCUCUCAAGCCUGCCUACCUGAGUUCAGUCCCUAGAACCCAUAUGGUAGGAGAGUACUGAUUGCUGCAAGUUAUCGUCUGACCUCUGCACACACAAUAAAUACAUAAAUGUGAAAACAAAACCAGAAGAGAAGGAAGAUAAAGUCCGACUUGGAAAUAUUCCCCCUUAAUAUUGCGCCUUUCAAGCUGCUUUAUUUCCCAUGUAUAGGUGUCUUUCUUGGAAUGGGGAAAAUUAUUAGGUGUGCUUCCUUGUUUUUUGGUCCUUGCUCUCUUCCCCCACACCUCUUGUCUCUGUGCCUUUAUAAAGUCUGUCUUUGCACCUCUUUUGUGGAAGCUGUCAUGACCCCUAUUUGUAUUGGAGUGAUGCUGCUGAGUUUGUGAUCUUUUUCUUCCUUGCUAUACCUACAAUCCUGGCUAACUUCUGAGGCCUAGGCAUUUAACAUAUGUCGUACCGAGCACAAAUGAAAAACAUACUGCUAUUUUUUUAGAGGUAGCUUAAUAUUCACUGAUACAAGACUCGGUUGUCACUGAAAAUAUCCUUUUGAAGUUUGUGUGCUAAGUCUUCCUUAAAGCUUGUUAUUCAGGGUGGUUCUUAUUUGCUUGAUCAAAAUAAAGUAGUCCUGUGUUUACACAAGCUGUUUUGCCAUCUCCAUCCAGAUACUGCCUUUCAGGCACAUCCUGGUUGCUUGACCCUUCCUAGAAACUUAUCAAGACUGCUCUAAGAUCCGUGACUUGCCCACUGUAACCUACUGUACACUGUUUCUUCAUUGUCUGCUCCACCUUCUAAGGCCUUCUUCUCAUCUGUUCCUCCCUUCCCCCACGGUGCUGCUGUCUUGGCUCUUGGUAGUUUCUUUGCUUGAAAUUGGAUGCUUCAUCCCACUCCCCAAAAUGUAAUUUUUGUUUUUAAGUUUUGCUUAGUCUCUUAAUACACUGAAUAAUUCCUGAAGACAACGCUUGAGGAACCAUUGCCAGUGUCUGAGUUUAGACUGGGUGCUUCCUAUUUGUUGCGUCUUACUGACUACACAACGCAGGGGCAUGCUUAUGGGGAAGGAAGCUUCUGACUUGGUUUUCCCGCUUGAAGCCCUGGUGUGAUGAGAGAUGGAAGCAUGGCUAGGGACAUCUCCCAGGUGUGUGAAAGAAAGAAAUCGCUGAGCAUGUCUGCUAACACAAAUGGACACCUGAAAAAGGAUACAUUGUCAAGUUUCUUUUAGCUUAUAAAGUUACUUUUACAAAGUUUCAUCUGACCUUUCAUAACUGUAUGUAAUGGAUAAGAUGGUUUCGGAGCAGAAACUUAACUCCCGCACCUCAGAUUUCACUGUCUGCUAGUCUUUAAACAUAACCACUGGAGGUAGGUUUUUGUUUGUUUUUCUUUCUGUCUUUUGCUUUAAAAUUAAAUUAUUUUAACAAAACCCAAGGCAACUAUAGUAUUUCUAACAUACUUUUGAUAUAGUAUUAAUGUCAUGUACAGUGGCAUUCAGAUGCUGGUGACAGCUACAUGGUUCCUUAAUAGUUACAGUUGUGAUAUGUAUUAUGUCAUGUGGCUCUCUUAUUUCCUUUUCUUCCUGUACUUUUCCUUCAUUUUACUUAUGGCACUGUAACAUGCCAUAACAGUAUUUAUUUGUGGUCUGUUUUCUGUACUCAUAUAAACUCCUUAACAUAUACAAGGGGUUUUUUAAAAAAGUUAUUUAUUGGUAUGAAUCCAGUUCUCAGAACUGUAUUAGACACAUAAAGUGCUGUAAAUGACUUGUGUGUGUGUUGGGGGGUGUGGUGCUGGGAAGUAAGCCCUCUUUGUCUCAGGCAAGUGCUCUAGCGUUGCUCCCCGAGGAAUUUAAUAAACCCCAAUCUGUGAUGAUGAAUAAAGCAAAAUAUCUGGUCUUCAUUUGAGUGUACCUCGUGUCCACUAAAGCAGGAGUGCAACCACUUAACCCAGUAAGAGUACGGUGUCCUACAGGUCAGAGAUGUGGACCUGGAGGGAAGUACUGAGAAAAGAAAGGAGCCGAGAGCUGCAUUCUCAGAAUGACGUUGUAGUCAUUUUGAGGUGGGCAGGAACAAAGAGCAUGUGACAAAUUAAUGUUGAAAUGGCUCAAUGAGGUGAAAAAGCCGGAAGAAGUAGGUGGUGACUGCUCUUACAGGGCCUUGGAUGUCCCUGUGUAGGUUGAGGAUUUUGUUGUUUAUCCUGAGAACAUCAGGAAACUCUUGGAGUGUUUUUAAGUAGUGCAUUGCAUGAUCAGAAUUGGCUUUUAAAAAUAAUUGUUGGGAGCUGGUGAGGUAACCUGAGCAGAUUAAAGGUGCUUCCGCCAAACCUGACAAACUUGAAUUGACCCCCAGAUCCCACCUGGAUGAGAGGGAGAACCAGUUCCUGAGAGUUGUCCUCUGACUGCCACAUGGAUGCUAUGGCACGAUCCCAUAGACAUCUAUAAGUAAAGAUAGUAAAAUCGAAACAUUCAAGAAAAGACUUGUUCUGCUUUAUGGAAAGUGAUAUGGAAGAGGCAGUAAUAAGCUUACAGACAUGAAUUUUACUUAGGGGCAGAAUGCAGAUUCUUUUUACUUCCUUUGGUCAUAGUUGAAAAGGCCCAGUUCCAGUCUACAUGGAGGGUAACUUGCUUAGAUUCCUUUAGUUUGUGUUGUGCAAAAUCAUGUAGGCUUAAAAAGUAGCAUAAAAAUAUGCCUUAACUCUGCUAGUAUUUGUCAGUUGUUUAAAAGUAUGUUGUUGAGAUUUUAUCAAGGCUAAUUAACAUUCCUUUUUAAAUAACAUCUCCGAAAAAUGGGAACAUUUGUUUUCACAUUUCAGAAAGUUUUGUAUUUCUAUUGUGGGCUGAUUACAGUACAGGCUGCAAACCCCUUGGCCAUCUUGAUGUAAAGUUACAGGUGGCUUCAAUGAUUAUUACUCUUGGUGAACAGUUUCAGCAUUGAUUUUAAAAAAUACCUUGUACAACCUUCCUGUCGGGAAGAGCAUUUUAAAAAAUGUUUUUAGGAGGUUAAAAACAUUUGAAAGACAACGUAUAAUAUUUAAAUUUUCUGUCAGUACGUCUCAGGAAUUCUACUUAUGUGAGUACUUGGUUUUAUUCUCAGUCAAAACUGCACGGCAUAAUCAUUAAGUCCUGUUACCUUAGUGGUUGACACCCAUACUUUCCCAGUUAUUGCCAUCAUGCCAGAAUGCAAAUUAGUAUUGGCCUUUAGCAGGUCAGUGGGAGUACAGACCAGUUGGGUAUAUGAGUAAUUGGUGAGUCAGCAAUAUUUGUCUCUUUUUACACCUUUGGGGAGGGAGAGAACCAUGAGGAAGACCAAAGGGUGGAAUACAAGGAGCUGUGUGCUCAGUGAUGGGUGUGUUCUGUACUUUUGUGCAGGUCUUAUGUUUGUUUGUAUUGUCGAUAAACUUAAACCUCUUCUAUUGACAAUGCCCUUCAGGAGCGGCCAAUAAAGGAUGAAUUCAAUCCAAACACAAGAAAAUUGGAGGUGGAAACUAGAAUUGCCAAACACAAAAGUGCCAGAAGCACUCCGAGUCAUAGAAUCUAAAUCUCCAUGAUGUGGAAAAUUCAAAUUGUUUCUACAGAAUACCUCCCAAUUCAGAAUGAUGGUGUUUUAAUUUCAAUCAAACCUAGAGGCAUUCUUGGUGUACUGUGCCUUUUAACUUCAGAAUAUUGAAAGUACUUUUCAUGGUGGUGGGUUAUAAUAUCUAGAUCACAUAUCUCAUGAAGCACAUGAGGUUACAGUUCAAGAUAGAAACUGUACUGAUAGAUUUGCAUAUCCAGUGUAUACCAAAAUAAUGUCAGCUCAGUUUUAUGCAGAGGCAAAAGAAAUUCUGGGUGCCCAGUUUUCAGUUUAUGUGGAGGUGUCAUUAAAUUUAUUAUAAAGAGUAAUUACCAAAUGCUUAAUAUUAACAUAGCAUUCCAUAAGUUAAGUUCAUGAGUUUAAUAUUAAUUAACAUAGCAUUCAAUAAGUUUCGUUCAUGAGGUUUCUUUUUAAACAAAGAGCAAGCUUUGAAGGUUUUUUGUUAUGUUUUUUUUUUAAUUUAAGAUUUAUUUAUUUAUUUCAUGUAUGUGAGUACACUGUCACUGUCUUCAGACACACCAGAAGAGGGCAUCAGAUCUCAUUACAGAUGGUUGUAAGCUGCCAUGCGGGUUGCUGGGAAUUGAACUCAGGACCUCUAGAAGAGCAGUCAGUGCUCUUUACUGAACUAUCUCUCCAACCCUGGUUCAUGAGUUUUUAACUUUGUUGUUGUUAUUUGUCUGGAAUUACUGGAUGCUCAUAUAGUUAGGUGAAAAUUUAUAUCACUUUAAGGUAUUAAAGUCAUUUUCUGAGAUUUCGAGUUUUGUUUCGUCUACACUCUUGCCAGUUGGAAUUUGAUAACUAGUUAUCAGUUGCCAAAAAACCAGUAUCUUAUAGGAUUUUAGAGUUCUGAAGUCCACAGAAGUUAUACUUGGUUGGAAAUACAGCUAGCUGGUUAGUGACAGAGUUAGGACUGUAACUCGUUGCAUUCCAGGAUCUGGAUAUAGAGCUAGGACUGGCUCAUAGUCUUCUGGCUCUUCUCCAGUGUGAACCCACCCCAGGCUCACUGCACUCUUUAGCUACAUGCUCAGUCAGAACACUUGCAAGCCUGUAAAACCAGCCUUGGCAUUGGUGAAAAUAUUAACUUUAUUUUUGUUGCAGAAUUUCAAAGAACCAUUUUAAUUUUUAAAGCAAAUUUUUAAAAAAAUAUUUAUUUGCUUGGGGGUAGGGUAAGUGGGGUAGGUGCCUAGAGAGGCCAGUGACAUUGGGUCUACAGGAGUUGUAGCUACAGGCUACGGGCUACGGGCAAUUGUAAACUGCCUCAUAUGGGUGCUAGGGGUGGGACUCAGGUUCUUUGAAAGAUCAGUAUAUGCUCUUAAUCUUAACCACCAUUUCUCCAACCCUAAAAGCAUAUUCUUAAGGAAGCUUUAAAAAAGAUUGAGGUAGUGUUAUUUGUUGCUUAUGAUGGGGUAGGUUCUGAAAUGCAGUUAGACUGUUUAAUUAUUACUAUAUUGAAUACCUCAGAAUGCUUAGCACAAAUAGGAUAGGCUCAUUACUUCACAUAGCCUUUUGAUAUAGUCAAGGCUUACAGUGAGAGAUGUGUAAUACAUAACCUGUGCCUAUAUAACAUGGCAUGCUAGCUGGGCGUGGUGGCAGAGGCAGGCGGACUUCUGAGUUUGAGGCCAGCCUGGUCUACAAAGUGAGUUCUAGGACAGCCAGGGCUACACAGAGAAACCCUGUCUCGAAAAACAAAAACAAAAACAAACAAAAAACAAACAAACAAACAAACAAAAAGCAUGGCAUGCUAUUUUAUAGUAAGAUUAAACAAAUAAUAAAUGGUAUAGUCAAUAAAUAGUGUAGUAAAUAAAUAAACUAGUAAGAAUCAUUUAUUAUUAUCUGUACAUUAUUGCAUGUGUUUUUUAAAUACCUGGUACUACAGUAGGUUUGUUUACAUCAGCAUUGCUACAAUGGUGAGUAAUAUGUUGCAAUUAGAUAUGUUACAAUAGCUACAGAAGCAAUAGGCAAUUGGAAUUCAUAUAUGUGUGGGUGUGUGUGUGUAUACACACACACUUUUUUUUUUCCUUUUUAAUUGUUCAUUGGAAUUGAGGUAAGGUAGUGGCAGGGUUUGUACAUGUGAGUACGGGUGCUCACAGAUGUCAGAAAGAAGGUAUCAGAUCCCCAGGAGCUGGAGUUAUAGACAGUUGUAAUCCUCUUGAUGUCAGUGCUGGGAAUCAAAUGCCAGUCUUCUACAAGAGCAUCAAGUACUCUUACUGAAGUGUUUCUCCAGGGGCCCUUACCCUGAAUAUGGUAAUAAGCUCCUAUGUAAUGUAUAGAGUCACCAUUAUGUUUGCAUUACCUUUAACUUUAUGUUGUGUAGUACGUGACUGUAUGUAUGUAUUCAAGGAAAAUUAAGGAUUUUGUCAUUCUAGAAUAUCUAGCAUCCUUGAUUCAGAUUGUGUUGUGAUUUAGCAUCCAAUUCAUAUAAUAUAAACAGACUAGAUUAUAGUUUACCUUUAAGAAAGAGUAUCUCAAGAGAAAUUCAUAUAAAUUUUAUAGUAUUCUUACUAAAGUAUUCAUACAGUUGUUCAUUUUAGUAUCCUUGGUGCUAACAUAGGAACAUAUGUAUAGGUUCAAAGGUCCAAUGUCAUAGCUUGCAUUUUUGUGCAUGGCUUUUGUUAAUGUUUUUAAAGGCACCGGGUUUCAUUCUGUAGCUCUACCUUGACCUUGUACUCACAGAGAUCCCUGUGUUUCUGCCUCCCUAGUGCUGAGAUUAAAGGUGAAUGAAUACAAAGCCCAGCAUCCAUAUUUUUUAAAAGGAGAAACUUGACCUAGAGGGAAUGUGAGUUUUUGGAGAGCUUUUCUGUGGUUUUGUUUGCUGUGUUCAAGUCAAACAACUGGUGUGUGUCAGGAUCUCAGUUUAACAAUUGGUUUCCCACAAAAUUAGAGCGUUAAAUACAUUACAAUAGCGCACAACAGUGUGCUUGUCUUAUAAUUCUGAAGACUGAAUGAAUCUAUUGAUUUGUUUCUCAUUCUUCAGAACACCUGAGGCCAGAAGACAGUUUGCUCUGCAUUUUCCAGUUCAGAAAGACAGAAAUGAUGAUGUUUUCUAGUUUCAUACUUUGAAGCCCGUAAUGACAAUACUUAACCCGUUGCCAAAAAAAGAGAAAAGGUCUUGUUUCAACAUCUUGGAUUCGGAUGAUACGAUAAUGUAUAUCUGGGGCUUAUGCGAGAUGCGAAAGCUGUAGCCAGGUAGGGACUACACAUCUUAACUCCUAGCAUUCAGGAAGAACAGACAGAGGACUCUAAUUUAAUCCUAGAGUGUCUUACAUAACAAGACCGUCUUAAAAAGAGAAAGACGGUUUAAUGUUAUCAUAGAAGCUGCAGGUAAUACCGCACUGAAUAUUAGUAGUAAACAGUUGUAUUGAUAGGAAGCUUCUUUUUUUAAAGAACAAAACAAAACCAUGGUUGUCAAGGUUGAGCUCAGAUCCUCUCACUGGUAGGCAAGUUCUUAUUGUGAGCCACACCCUAUCCAAUUAAUUGGAAUUAAGAAUACUGAUGUGGAUUCUUUGCUAAAAAUUGAUUAUGUGAUGCAUAUUAUCUACUAAAAAGGGAGUAUAAUCCUAACUGCCUUGAGUUGUAACCCACUUGUGAAAUAGAAACGGACCUUUUACAGUAAGUACUAAGCCAAAGUAAGAUUUGAUUCUGGUUUAUUUUGGAAUGUCAGUUCUUUUUUUAAAUGUUGUAUCGCUUCUGUACAUGUUAGAGGAUAUUCAUUAUGGUUUUUGUUUUGUUUUGUUUUUCGAGACAGAGUUUCUCUGUAUAGCCCUGGCUGACCUGAAACUCACUUUGUAGACCAGGCUGGCCUUGAACUCAGAAAUCCACCUGCCUCUGCCUCCCAAGUGCUGGAUUAAAGGUGUGCGCCACCACGCCCGGCUAUUCAUUAUGUUUUGAUAGUACCAUUUACACUUUGGCAAACUUUUAACAUGUCUGCAAUUGCUAUGCUUACUACUUGAAGACUGUAGUUUGAUACUGUGGCUUUGUGAGCAGUGUGGUAUUUCAGUACUUCAGUAAUCUUACGUAGACACAUUAUGUACCAGGUACUUACUGUAUUGUCUCCAUGUUCUAAGACGUCCUCACAGUGCUGUUGAUGAGAAAACCCAGGGGAAUGUAGUUGUUGUGCCUGGUAGGGAAGGAGUCCAGUUCCCAGGCAAGUGUUCAUCGACGCACUUCCUAACCUAUGUCCACUGUGAAGGAGUCCAGAGAAUUUGGAGUAGUUACUUGAUUUUUCUGAAGAAUUUAGUGACAAUUGGAAUAUAGAAAUGAAGCCUAUUUGAGGAAAGGCUAAAAUGUAUUUGCAUGUUUCUAGCUUGGUCAUUUAUAUUAAAUAUCUUUAUAGUGGGAUAAGCUUUGAGCAGAUUUUCAAAACAGUAUUUUUACUUGCUCCUCCCAUACAAAUAAUUACUUUAGUAUGUGCUUGCUACUAAGAGACUUCUUUACUGAUUUGUUGUUUUAAUAUUAAAUUAAUUUUUAAUGUCACUCUUUGAUAUGUAAGUCUUAGACCUCAAGUGCAUUCUUGUGCCCACACAUGCACAUAUGCAUAUGCAUGCACACUAAACCUAGAGACUAAAAUGAAGAUGAAAAUUGAUUCAAAGUAAAUUUACCCUAACUUACAACUGCUGUCUUUUGUGUGUAACCCAUCAACUGGAGUAAAGGCUUAUUUGGAACCAUCUCAUUUCCUGUGUUUUCUAUUUUAAUUGCUAGGCAAGUCUUCCCACAUUUAUUUAUUAGACGCACACUUAGUGGGAUUCUACUCUAUUAGGCCCUGUUAGGAGCACAGUGUGAACAAGGCAGGCAGGCUGGCAAAGAUGUCUUUCCCUGUGACAGAAUUUUGGAGUUGAUCGGAUGAUCAUAAUUUGCUAUGUCGUAUUCCAGGGUAGAAAGGGCUAGUAAGAGACAUAAAAUAAUGAACUCAGGCUUUGAUGGGAGGAAGAAAAGUAACAUCCAAAUAGCUGCUUAUAUAUUUGUACUUCAUCCCAAGGGCAGGCUAGAGAUUUUGAACUCAUCUGAGGAGGCCUAUGUUUUAGGAAGACCAACUUGCCUUCUAGAAUUCUAGAAGGUGUAAGGAAACUACGAAGUUAAGAUAGUUUCAGAGAGAUUGGCUUUCUGAAGAAUUUAAUAACAGUUGGAAUUUAGAAAUGACCCUUUUUCUGAGAAGAGGCUACAGCAAUCUAGUUGCAGGUUUUUUAUUGGGUUGUUUGCAUAUCCUUCAAAUAGGGGUUUUAUGUUUUAAAAGAGCAAUAGGGUUCAUUAUUUUAAACAACUGAUAGAUAGGAGUCAGGCAAACCAUAAAUAUUUGACUGUGUGUUGAUUAGAUAGCUGUAUUGAGAUUUAGCGUGCAGUUGUGAACUAGCCUUGUGGAAAGUGAACACAGGGACAUGAUUCAAGAAGAGGCAGAAGCUCUGAGCCACCUCGGUCCCGAUUGCACUUGCCAGAUUUGGUACUCUUCCUGUGAAAUUGUGGGACCUGCCGAAUGCUGCCAUAUGGCUGCUAGGCACCUCCUUGGCAGGGGUCUUUCUCCUGGCAGAGUUAUCUCUUUACCAAAGCCGUAUAACCUUGUUCACAUUGACCCUCUGCUACUGCAAUUACAUAAUUUAAUUACUGUGAAUGGAUACUGUGUCUUAGAAAUCAAAGUAGUUAAGAGAGAAUUUUGAAUGUUUUCAUCCACUAAAAAAUUGCAAAUGGAGCUGGAGAGAUAGCUCAGUGGUUAAGAGAACCAGCCACUCUUCCAGAGGUUCGGAGUUCAAUUCCCAGCAACCACACAGUGGCUCACAACCAUCUGUAAUGGUAUCUGAUUCUCCUUUCUGGUAUGUCUAAAGACAGCUACAUUGUACUCACAUACAAAAAAUGAAUAAAUAAAUCUUUUUUAAAAGUUUUAAAAAAUUUAUAAAUGUUUGUAGUGGAGGGUCUGGGGAGAUCACUUAGAGCACACAUGAAGAAGAGUUGGCUCAGCAGUUAAGAGCACUUGUUGCUCUUGUGGAAGACCUGGGUUCUAUUCCCAGGACCCACAUAAUGCCAUCCAUAAUGCCAGUUCUAGGAGAUCUGCAGGCAUGCACUUGGUUCACAUAGAUGCAUACAGGCAAAACAUUAGUACAUAUAAGAUAAAGUAAACAAAAUAGGAAAAAGAAAAACUGGGUGUAUAGUGUUGUGCUGGUUAGGCCAGCUCUGGGGAGGCUGCGAGGAGGAUGUGUGGGGUUCAUUGCCGAGUCAGCCUGACCUAUUUGGCAGUCCCUGUCUUGAGGGAAGGAGCAUCUAAUGUGGUUUUGAGGGUGACAUGAAAGGUUGUGUCCACACACAACAUACACACACAGGAGAAUAGUCCUAUAAAUGUUGUGUAUUUAGAUAAUUUUCCAUCUGUACUAGAUGUGCUUUAAAGAAACAGUGAUGUGUUUUGGCUUAUGUAAGAAGAACAUCAAUACAAGGACUGGGUCUAGGGCAAAGAUCAAAAGAAAGAACACACACAAGUUCAAGUUAAGUAUACACACAUUAAUUUUUGUAACUACCUAUUUGCUUUUGCAGUUCCUUUUAAUUGCAUGGGAUACAGAGCCUCUUACUCUGCUUAGCACACAGGAAGAACAUUUCAGGGUGGUUAAGAAAGAGUAGCUACAGAAGCAGAAGCACCAGGCCAGAGGGGGAGAAGGCAGAGCAGACUCCUGCUGGGCUGGGCUGGGCUGGGCUGGGCUGGGCUGGGCUGGGCUGGGCUGGGCUGGGCUGGGCUGGGCUGGGCUGUGGAGAUCUAUCAGUGGUAUUGCAGGGGAGAGAUUGUUAAUGGCUGGUGAGGCUGGAGAAAGGAGCAGACUGAGAGGUUAUGUUAGAGAGACUGGCUCCCAGAAACAGGGUCAUCCAGUCAGGGUUGACUUGGCUCCUUUCAUUUCACACCUCUUUUCUUUUGAGUCAAGAUUGGGUUACUUUAAAAAAAAAAAAAGACUUCUUUUUUAUGUAUGAGUGUUUUUUCCUGAGCAUAUGUAUGUGCCCAGUGCCCUUGGAGCCAGAAGGAGUCAGAUUUCUUGGAACCUGUGGCCUGCUAUGUGGAUGCUGAAACUAAACCCAGGUCCUCUGCAAGUGCUCUUAAUGAUUGAGCCAUCUCUCCAGCCUUAGGCUUUUUGAAACAGUUACAGCAGGAAAUGUUGAAGCUGGGGAAAGACAGACUAGGACCCAGACUAUAGGUAGGGACUCUUACAGAACCAUUGCACCUCCAGUUACUUGUUUGGCUUUUUCUCAAAACUUUUUUAAUUUAGGAACUUCUGGGAAUAAAAACCCAUUCACUUCGUUUGUUUGUUUGUUUGUUUGUUUGUUUGUUUUUUCCCCGAGACAGGGUUUCUCUGUGUAGCCAAAACCCAUUCAUUUUCAUGUUUACCUUUUUUUCUUUUUUUAAAAAACCCCAUCAUAUCUAGUCUAUAUUUAGGCACCUUGUCUUUACUUAGGAGGUAUAUAUAUAUAUUUUUAAGGAACACAGGAUUAUAAUUGCUAGGAAAUACUUCCACUUCACUGAAAUAUUAAAUAUAGAUACUAUAUCUACAUACUUUUAUUUAUAUACAAACAUUAAAUGGAGAAAUAAGGUUGCAUAUUCAUAUAUAUCUUAAAGUAAGAUGUUUCAUCAUUUAUAAUGCUGUUAAGUGAGUUAUUUAUUCAGUUGUUUAUUCAGUUAUUCAGUCUCACGUUGUUUCUUAUGCUGGCGUUGGACACUAGGGUGCAAAGUAUAUCCUGCUCCUCCCAAGUAGCUGGGACUGCAGGUCUAGCCUCUACCACUCAGCUCAUUUUAGUGUGUUGUUUGCUUUGCUUUGCUUUGGUUUUGGUUUUGGUUUUUUCAGAUAGGAGACCCAUCAGCCUCUGCCUCUCGAGUACGAGGACAGGUAUGCACCCACCUUGGCAUUUAGUGUUUAAGGAAGGCGAUUUGCAUGUUCAUGAAACAAGACUUGAGGAGGACAUAUAGUCAGGACUGUAAUUUAGGCUCUGAAGAAGAAGUUGCCAUUUCUGUAACUGCCAUCUGCUUUGUCAUCAGCAGGUAACUACUCCCUUCUCUAGAGCUUCAUGCUCUGGUGGGUUUCACAACCUUCAUUAUACAUUAAAGGCACUCUUGCUUUGUUUGGGUUUAUCGACUGAUUCAUAUAGAUUAGAAGUAUUUUUUUUUUCCAAGUGAAGUUUUGAUUGAACAUUCUAAGAAACUGGAACAUUUUAGUAUUUGGAUAAUCUUCCUUGAGAUAAAAAGGUAAAAAUACUGUCGGUUUCGGGUACAUUAAAGUUUUUUUUUUGUUGUUGUUGUGAAACUAAUCAAUGUGUUACAGAAAAAGUGAAGACAGAUGUUCUAGCAACUGUAAUAGGUAUUUAAGGGCAGUCUGAUUGAUACCAGCACUCCAUUGCUUCCAGGAUUGAUUGGCCAAUCGACCUGGGUAGGUGGAUGGUCCUUACUGUUCCUUGUUUGUUUCUCUGAAGUUGUGUGUUCAGUUGAAGAAGAUGACUUUUGCAGUAGAGCAGGACUCAUCUUUGGUGGAGAUUCUCUCAGUAGUUGUGUUCUCUUGCUGAACCUCCAAACCAGCUUUGAAUGAUGAGAAACCUCAGGUUUUAGGUCUCAGCUUUAUUCCUGAGAAUAGACAUGCCUCUGAGCAGAGCAGGCUGCAGUAUCUCUAGCUGUUUUCAACUCUAGCUUUCCCCUUCUUUAAAUGCUCAUGUCUAAGUUUGCUUAAAAUUUCAACCUUCACUGUUUGUCGAUUGAGAGUCUUAAUUGUAAAUAUACAUUGGAAUGGAUGAUGUGCAGCCUUCGAAGACAAAAGGUGAGGUGAAUAGAGAUUUUUUUUUCCCAUUCAACAAUUGAUGAUGAGUUCUGCAUGGUAGAUUUCUUUAACUUUUUAUUAUUAUUAUUUUUUAAUCAUUUUAUUUGUUACAUUUCAAAUGUUCUUCCCCUCCAUGAAUCUCCCCCACCCCCUCCUCGCCCCUCUAGAACUCCUCUAGAGAUACCUUAAGAAGGUAUCUUAAGGGCUGGAGAGAUGGCUCAGUGGGUAAGAGUGCUGACUGCUCUUCUGAAGGUCCUGAGUUCAAAUCCCAGCAACCACGUGGUGGCUCACAACCAUCCGUAAUGAAAUAUGAUGCCUUCUUCUGCUGUGUCUGAAGACAGCUACAGUGUACUUAUGUAUAAUAAUAAAUAAAUAUUUUUAAAAAAGAAGGUAUCUGAAGCUUGAAGGUCUUCUGUAGCCACUGAUUGUGAAUCCUGUGGGACAAUGUACUAAUGUCACUGUCUUGUUCAUUAGAACUCUUUGUUUUCAAAUGUAAAUGACUGAAGACUUUUGUGAGAAUUGUCAGUGGUCUCAAGAAAAUGUUCAUCUACUCAAAAAAAAAAAAAAGUUAGUAAAGCUGCCCAGUGAAAGAGUGAUGAAUGUAGAGCACAGAUAGAAGCAGUUGGAGUCAGAUAGCCGUGCCCUUUAUAAGGAGAGUUGUAAUCCAUGUGAAAUGUUGACCAGUUAUUUUUUUCUUUCUUUGGAUUUUAUAUGUAUUUUGUUUGACUUGUUUGAGACAUGGUCUAGCUAGGUAGUCCAGACUAGCCUCUAACUUAGGAUGCUCCACCCCUUAAUAUCUGGGAUUACAGGUAUACACCACCCUAUGUUCAUCUUCUUAAAGAAAUGGCUUGAGUAAACAGAAGCACAUACAUUAAUUGGAUUGCAACAACAGUGACAGCAAAUGAGCAGGACCAAGUAACAGACUGAGCUCAAAGCCAUGAUGGAGGAUGACUCAGACAAGCCAGGCACAGUUGGAUUGUUAAUGGAAAUGGUUGCAUACUGAUUGCUAGGUCAGUCAUGCCAAACCAUGGGAUAGUAAACCUAGGGAACAGUUCUUUUUUUUUUUUUUUUAAAAAAGUCGUCAAUAAACAAAUGUCAAUGUAUUAUAAGCAGGCUGGGUUUGAGAGACAAUUGACUUUUAACAUGAGGUUUAUUUAACAUUUUAAUUAAACCCCUUUCCUCUUUUACAUACUUUCCCAAUUUCGGUUAAGUCAAAAUAAUUGUAUUGUCUUAAACCUUUUAGAGACGUCAAGUGUAAGGUAUGGCAUUUCCUGGUAGUGGUAUUUCCCUAAUGACCAAGAAAGAUAUGUGAAUCAGUCAAGCCUGAGAUAAUCCUAGUGGGGUUGUCUCCUUUUCUGCCUGGCUUUUCAGACUCAUGUGAAAUUGUGUGAAGUGUUUGUAGAAACAACUUUUUUUUAAAAAAGAUUUAUUAUUAUAUCUAAGUACAUUCUAGCUGUCUUCAGAGGCACCAGAAGAGGACAUCAGAUCUCAUUGCGGAUGGUUGUGAGCCACCAACCAUGUGGUUGCUGGGAUUUGAACUCAGGACCUUCAGAAGAGCAGUCGGUGCUCUUAACUACUGAGCCAUCUAUCCAGCCCUAGAAACAACUUUCUCAUGAUUAUUGGGAGAGGAACACAAUACAGAGUAAAAGGAAGAGGUUUUUCUGAGGGGUGAAGGGCUCCAUCUUGCCAGGCUGUGAUUGCCCACAUGGUGUAGCUUUUUGGAAGCAAACUUACAGAGCCAUUUACAUUCUAUUACAGCCACAUGCAAAAUGAGAGAUAGGAGUCACUCCCACUCCCAAAUCCUUCAGGGGAUUGUUUUAGGUUUCCUUAUAAACCAAUACUGGAGUGGUGGUUCGGAGUUUGUCAGAAUAUUAAUGUGUAAUAUGACAUCUUGCCUAACAGGCUUACCUAAUGAGAUGAACCAAAUUCUCAGGGUUUUUUGUUUUGUUUAGUUUUGGUUUGGUUUGGUUGGCUGUUUUAUGUUAAGAAGAGUGCCGACUAAAAAAAAAAAAAACUAAAAGAAGUGUUCUUUAGUAAUUUGUGAAUGAAAAUGAGGACAUGAUGGCUCCUAGGUAUAGUUGAGGAGAAGUGUUUAUUGUGGAUAUGAGGGAGAGAACAGCCAGCGGCAUCUGGAAAGACUGAACCAGGCCAUGUGGCUUAGGGUUUCUCUGCUGUGAACAGACACCAUGACCAAGGCAGCUCUUUUAAGGACAACAUUUCACUGGGGCUGGCUUACAGGUCAGACGUUCAGUCCAUUAUCAUCAAGGUGGGAAGAUGGCAGCAUCCAGGCAAGCAUGAUGCAGGAGGAGCUGAGAGUUGUACAUCUUUUGAAGGCUGCUAGAAUACUGACUUCCAGGCAGCUAGCAUGAGAGACUUACAACCCAUACCCACAGUGACACAACUACUCUAACAAGGCCAUACCUUCUAAUAGUGCCACUCCCUGGUCUGAGCAUACAGAAUCCAUCAUACCAGGAGAAAAGUGGUGCAAGUGGGCCAAGAGGCCCAGGGCAGAGUACCAAGACCCCAAGAGAGUUUGUAGUCAGAAUGACUGAGUUAUUAUAGGAAUCAGAAGCUGGGGAAAAGGAAAUCUGGCCUCUGGCUGGAGAGGUGUAGGGUGGGGUAGGGUGAGAAGUGCUGGGAGGAGCCGUAGGUACUAAGUGGAAUCUGUCUCAGGUUUCUUUGGGACCUAACAGUAUUUCACAAAAGCAGUCAUAAGUUCUAAAUUAGAUUUUUAUUAGUGUGACAUUUAAAAAUACAAUUUUAUUUGGUAUAUUUCUUGUGAAUUGAUUACCUUUCCAGUCAGAUUUUGCUAAUAAAUUGUUCUGUCUGUGUCUGAUUUUAUCAUCCCUCUCCCCCAGCACAAACAACUCGAAUCCUACCACUAGCUGUUUCAGUAGAAGCACAGGUGUGCGUGCAUAAAAGGAAAUUUAAAAUAAUCUUGAAGCUUAUUGGCCAUGUCUGAUUAGGAGUACACCUGCGCUGGGUGCCAGAGUAAAUGUACAAUUAGGUACUGUACUGAGAUUGGGCUCAUUCUUUCAUCUGCCAGUAUCUUUGAAUAACACAUUUACUAUAAGAAUACUCAUUAAAGAGACUAUUAUAGAGGUACCAAGUCUGUAAAAACAAAGAGCUAGAAUAGCAGCCUUCCUGGAGACAGCCAUCUUUUCCUCUGUACAUAUUUCCACUAUCAAAGAUGAAUUCUGUAUGUAAUCUGUGAGUUGAAAGAACGAAGCAGAGUUGCCUCCCCUGAGGAACUCUACAUUUUAUGUAGAGUAUGUGUGUGUACAUUGUGCGUGUGUGUAUGUGUGUGUGUGUGUGUGUGUAAAACCAGAAUACACAUUUUAGAUAUGUCAGAAUGAUGCUGACAGCCAUGAGAGAAUAUGAUCUAGCAACAUGGAGCAAAUGAAUGAGACACUCCAGUUCCUAUUUUGUCUCACUUCCUUACACCUCCUCUCUAGAAAUAGAAAAAUAAUAACACUAAAAAAUAGCCUUCUUUUCAGCCCUACAAUGCUAGAGUUUUAUUUUAAUAACUCUCCAUUAGAACUGCUUUGACAAUUUUCCCCCCUGAUGAAUUUACUUAGUUUCAAAGAAGUCAGAGUCUAGUAGGUAAACUGUUUCACUUAUAAAUACAUUUGGACAUUAAAAGUAAAAACAAUUUGGCUUUUAAAAUUGAUUGCCCAGGGAUCCACACAGUACUAAGGCAGGUGUCCAGUUGUGAAGAGCCUGUUUUUCUUAUUCAGAGAAAACUGUUUACUUACCUAGUUGAAUAUUAUUCAUUUACUAUUUUUUAACUUGCAAAAUUUAUUUUUGUGUGUAUAUGUAGUUGCACAUGUGUGUGUGUGUGUGUGUGCGCCUGUGUGGCCCCAACCCAUGCCAGGGUGCAUGUGUAGAAGUGAGGACAGCUUUCUCGAGUUCUUUUCUGCCACCCUGUAGGAUCCCCAGAGCAAGUGAAAGCAUCAGGCCUGUGCUCAAGUACUUCCACCCUCUGAGCCAUCUUGUUGGCCCCUCACUUACCUUUUUCUUCUUUUUCCUUUUUGGUAAACUUUUAGAAAUUAAGUUGGAGUUCUUGAACGUGACUGUAUAGUAGCGUCUAGUACUUUCCUUGUGUUUCAUCCCUUGGUCCCAGUCAUGAGACUGAGAAGAGACUUGGUAAACGUCAUUGUAUGAAUGCUGAUGGUGAAGGACAUAGAGUACUUACUUGGUCAGCACUGUAGUGAGUCAUUUGUGUUUGAGUGAUAAUGAAAGAUGCAUCAGUGGACUGAGUUGUACUGUUGGAUCCUUGCUACAGUGUGUCUAUCUGUGCAGUGUGCAAGAAGUGAAACCUCAAUCAUACAUUGUCAAUCUCUUUGCUUAUUUCUUUCUAGUUUUGUUUUUUAAGUAACUACUAAGUUAUGUGAAUUUUAAAAAUCUAGUUACAACCUUACUGUUUAUCAUUUCAUAUCAUGGUUUUUUUUUUGUUUGUUUGUUUGUUUGUUUGUUUUUUACUUUGCCGGUUUUGUCAAUUUUUAAACCGUUGUGAUUGAUUGUACUAGUUUCUGCUUUUCUGUAGUUGAGUGUCUUAUUUCCUUUUUAUGGCAAAAGCCAACACAAUUAUUCUUCAUAAAAAUGGUUUGCAGCCGGGCGUGGUGGCGCAUGCCUUUAAUCCCAGCACUUGGGAGGCAGAGGCAGGCGGAUUUCUGAGUUUGAGGCCAGCCUGGUGUACAAAGUGAGUUCCAGGACAGCCAGGGCUAUACAGAGAAACCCUGUCUCGAAAAAACAAAAACAAACCAAACAAACAAAAAAAUGGUUUGCACAUUUCCUUUGAUUUCAUCAAGGACACAUUUUAAGUAUAAAUAAAUGUGACAUUUUAAUUGAGUAUCAGUAAUAUCUAAGCCAUAUUUUCCUUAGAUUUAAAUAUACGAAGUUUUUACUUUUGAGUACAGUUUCAUAAACCUCACUCAGCUGACCUGUACUAUCUGGUUUCAGCAGCCAUUGAUCUGCCGUCCUUGUGGUUUUGUUUCUUUUUCUCUCUUUAAAUUUUAUUAGCAUAUUUAAAAAGCAAAUUCCAGAUUGUAUUAGUUUCCCAUUCUUACGACAAACUGCCUAAGAAGUAAUUAAAGGGAGGGAGGGGUUUCUGGCUCUCAGUUUGAGGCCAUACAUUCCAUCUUGCAGGAAAGGCACUAUAUAUAGCAAGACCAGGAAGUGGGAAGAAUGCCUAGAGUUCCAGUUUCAGUGAUAAGACUAAGAAAUGGCCCCAGUCAGGAUCUGAUUUACAGUUUUAUCUAUAAAGUAGGAUAAAAAUCCCUCUGGUCUCGGGCUCCUAAAUGCUGACAUUGUAGCCAUAUGCCACUAUGUUAAGCACUAAACUCUUUAACAUCUUGGUAUUUUUAAUGAUUAAUUUUUUUACUAAUUAAUUAAUUUCAUGUAUGUGAGUAUACUGUCGCUGUCUUCAGACACACCAGAAAAAGGCAUCAGAUCCCCAUUACAGAUGGUUGUGAGCCACCAUGUGGUUGCUGGGAAUUGAACUCAGGACCUCUGGAAGAGCAGUCAGUGCUCUUAACCGCUGAGCUGUCUGUAGCCCACAUCUUGAUAUUUUAAAAAUCAUUCAUUCUUCAUUUACUGAGGCUUUUCUCUUGAUGACUGUUUUGUCAUGAAAUAUUGAUUAAUCUGGGGGGGGGGUGGACUACAUAACUGUUUCCCUUAAUAAUCUGUAGGAUAAUGAAUUGGUGUCCUUACAGUAUAGUGGUGAUGUUUUUAGCUUUCAGGGACUUUUAGAUACCAUAUUUCAUAUACAUUCAAGACCUUUGCCUCUCCUGCUGUGGCUUUAGUGUUCUUGUAGUGUAGCCACACUUACUAUGAAUAGUUUCCUUACUUUCAUAUUAAGAUAUCCCAGGUUUAUCUUUUAAAAAACAAAAACAAAAGCCCAACCUACUUGGUGUCAGACAAGCUGGUGAUAGCCCUUUAAACAUUUUUUUUUCCUUAAUAUUGAGACUCAUACUCAUUCUGGCACCAAACAUGCAAGGCAGCUGAGAUUGACCUUGAACUUCAAUUGUCCUGCCUCCAUUUCCUGAGAUUAUAUAGUAGGUAGUACAAUUCGGUACUACCACACCUAGUUUACAUGGUGCUGGGAAUUGAACCCUGCAUCCCGGAUCCCCUUUGUCUUCUUACUGAGCAGCCUGUUUGCUUGUGCAUGAAUGCUGUUGUGUGGUAUAUAGUUGUAUACAUGUACACAUGUGUAUGCACAUCUGUAUGUAUGUGCGUGGAAUUCAAAGGUCAAAGGCUUAUCUACCCUUUUUGAGAGACACAGUCUCUCACUAAACCUAGAGCUCAAUGAUUAGCCUACAGUAAUUAGGCUACUGCACCUAACUUUUUAUGUAUGUGCUGGGGGACUGAACUCAGUUCCUCACUCUCAAUGCUAAGUACUUUGUUGCCUGGACUAUCUCCCCAACUUGAAGCAGCCUUCUCAGUCCUCAAAUAAAGACUGUAUUAGCAACAACAACAACAAAACCUGAACAAGGUACACACACACAGUUAAAAUUCAUUAAAGCCCAUAAUGGCUGUAGAACAGUCAUGAGGCGUGAAAGUAAAGUGUUUGCAGUUACAGGUUAGAGGAGGGAGGACUGGAGAAGGGCUGGGAAACGUGACUAAAGUGGAAGAGGAAAGAAGAGUGAGUUUUUAAAAGUUCACUUAGCAAUGAAAAUUUUAAAAAGGAUUAGAUAUAUAUGUGGGGAAAAAAAAAGGCAUGAUAGCUCUUAAACUCAAAAUACUAUUCAAAGUAUAGUAAAUGACCUGUUGGAGUGGCUUUUUCUCAGUUCUCCAAAAUUGGACUCUUCAUGGUGGGCGGGGUGGGAGGGGUAGGAGUUGGGGGUGGGGAGAGUGUCAGUUAAACUGGGAGAGUCUUUCUUACAAUUUAUAUUGGUGCUGAGCCCAUGCUAGACAAGUGUCGUGUCUGUCACUGCAGUUCAGUAGCGUCUGUGCUUUGUGCACUGGGAGCCUCUGAUGGCCACACUUAACUGUGUAGGCUGUGAGCUGGGCAGGUUCUCCCUCCUCCCCCAGAUGCUCUGAGCCUGACUCUGGGGUGCUCUGGAAUCAGGGAAGCAAACAGCACUGAAAUCUGUACACGUGCUCUAGGAGAUACAGCUUUAGUCCUCUGCAGCUUCAGUGCUCAGCUUCUGCUGCAACAGCAGAUCUAAGUCUCCAGAGGUUAAGGCAUCCCUGCCCCAGGGCUUGACAGAUUUGGAUGAGACUAUCCUGCUCACUCCCAGAUUGACACUAAGCCCUGUGCCACUUAGGUUUUUUCACUCACAUUCUUUGAAACGGUGUUUCUUGUUAUUCUGACUCUUGUGAUUCUAUUCUGACACUGUGAUUCAAGACCAGCUUCAUCUUAAGUAGUUUUCUUUUUUGUCCUUUUUCUUUCCAUUUUAUUAAUUAUUUAUUUACAUCUCAAAUGUUGUCCCCCUUCCUGGUCCCUCCUUCCUAGUAGUUUUCUUACAUACCUAAAUCUGCCCUUCAGAAUUGCCCUGACUGGGCUAGGGAAAUAGCUGACUUUGUAAGAACACUUAACACACACACAGCAUGAGGACCUGAGUUUAAAUCUUAGGCACUCACAUAAAAAGCUGGAUAUGGCCAUUCACACCUGUAACCCUAGCACUGUGGGAGCCAGAGACAGGAGGGUCACUAGGGUUGGCAGUCACCCUGCCUCCACAUUACUGAAACCCACUCAGUCUCAAAGGUUUAAGACAAAGCGUACAUACACAUGUGCAUAUGGAUCCACACAUCUAAAGCAGAGAGCUGCCCUCCCUCCAGCUUCUUUGAUUUUUUUAGAGGGUGGGUUGGGCAAAUACUAAGUAGUUUUUCAUUGCUCAGGUGAUUUAGGAUAAUCUAUAUGACUUAUAAAAUACCUGUUUAGGGCUGAGGAUAUAGGUAAGGUGGUAGAGUUCUUGUCUGUUAUGCACAAGGUCCUGGGUUCAACUCCCAGCACAGCAUAAAGUGGGCAUGGUAGGGCAUGCCUGCAAUCCGAGCAUGCAGAAAAUGGAGACUUUAGAACCAGAAGUCACAAGUUUUCUGACUACACAGCAAGCAAGGUCAAGGACAACCUGAGCUACAAUCCUUAGGGAGUCAUGGGGCCUCAAGAGUGCCCACUCCCACAUGGUUCUUACAGUCUUGAAACUAUCUUCUAUGAGGUGACUGUGGAUGUCCCAUUGGUCAUUGAAACUGUCUUCUAUGAGGUGACUGUGGAUGUCCCAUUGAUGACUGAGUGUGCAGCAGUCAGUGUGAUCACUGUGACCACUCGUCCUGAGGUUAGCAUUAUACUUUUCCAGUGGAGCCCAUGACUUCUGAUCAGGACGCUAAAGUUGUGGCUGAACCGCAGGCACAGCGAGUCCAGGAGGGCAAGGACAGCUCUCAUCUGAUGAAUGGUCCUAUAUCGCAAACCACUUCUCAAACAAGGUCCCUCCCAGCUUUGACUCAGGUCCCAACAACUAAGGUUUCAGAGCUAAACCCUAAUGCAAAGGUAUGGGGGACUCAUAUGUUACAUUUGGAAGCGAGUAGUGCAGCUGUUGGUGUGAAUGCUGCGUGGGAAGAGGCUCCCGGCCAUCCUACAGACUGUGACCAGCAGGUUCUAGGAUUGGAUGCCAAUGGUGAUGGCGACAAAAGUCGAGAGAAUGCAGCGCUCCCGGACGCACAGGAGGCAGAGCAGACAGACAUGAGCACUCUGGCUCUGGACCAUUCAGAAUAUGAACCUCUGCCUGAGAACAACGAUACGGGAGGAAAUGAGUCUCAACCAGAAAGCCAGGAAGACCCUCGGGAAGUACUUAAAAAAACAUUGGAAUUCUGCUUAUCUAGGGAGAAUCUUGCUAGCGACAUGUACCUUAUAUCCCAGAUGGACAGUGAUCAGUAUGUGCCAAUUACAACGGUAGCUAACCUUGACCAUAUCAAGAAACUCAGUACUGAUGUGGAUUUGAUUGUUGAAGUGCUAAGAUCUUUACCUUUAGUCCAAGUGGAUGAGAAGGGAGAGAAAGUAAGGCCAAAUCAGAACCGGUGCAUAGUAAUACUGCGUGAGAUAUCGGAGUCUACCCCCGUGGAAGAAGUAGAAGCACUAUUUAAAGGAGAUAAUUUACCAAAAUUUAUAAACUGUGAAUUUGCCUAUAAUGAUAAUUGGUUUAUUACCUUUGAAACAGAAGCUGAUGCACAGCAGGCUUACAAAUACCUUCGAGAAGAAGUCAGAACUUUCCAAGGAAAGCCAAUUAAGGCGCGGAUAAAAGCAAAGGCAAUAGCGAUAAACACAUUUUUGCCAAAGAAUGGAUUUAGACCUCUGGACAUGAACCUUUAUACCCAGCAGCGCUAUGCUACAUCGUUUUACUUACCUCCAGUGUACAGUCCCCAGCAGCAGUUCCCUCUGUACAGCCUGAUCACCCCCCAGACGUGGUCAACAACACAUAGCUAUCUUGAUCCACCCUUGGUAACUCCUUUUCCAAGUACUGGAUUUAUAAAUGGGUUUACAUCUCCGACCUUCAAACCUGCAACGUCUCCUCUGACAUCACUCAGACAGUAUCCUCCUAGAAGCAGGAAUCCUAGUAAGUCUCAUCUGCGCCAUGCGAUUCCUAGUACAGAGAGAGGGCCUGGGCUGCUAGAAAGUCCUUCAAUAUUUAACUUCACUGCAGAUCGAUUAAUUAAUGGUGUCCGGAGCCCACAGACGAGGCAAGCAGGGCAAACUAGAACACGAAUACAAAACCCUUCAGCUUAUGCCAAGAGAGAGAUUGGAACUGGGCGUGUGGAGCCAAGUAGUCUUGAAUCCUCUCCUGGUUUAGGGAGAGGAAGGAAAAAUUCCUUUGGCUAUCGGAAGAAAAGAGAAGAGAAGUUUACAAGCAGUCAGACGCAGUCUCCAACACCACCAAAGCCUCCAUCACCGAGCUUCGAACUGGGACUGUCCAACUUCCCCCCAUUACCUGGAGCUGCAGGCAAUUUGAAGACAGAGGACUUGUUUGAAAACAGGCUUUCCAGCUUGAUCAUAGGAUCUUCAAAAGAAAGAAACCUCAGUACAGAUGCAAGCACAAACACUGUUCCUGUAGUGGGACCCAGAGAGCCCUCCGUGCCAGCGCCCUGUGCUGUGUCGGCAGCAUUUGAACGUUCCCCUUCCCCGGUCCAUUUACCUGAGGAUCCCAAGGUGGCAGAAAAGCAGAGGGAAACUCAGAGUGUGGACAGACUCCCUUCUACCCCUACUACAACUGCAUGUAAAUCCGUGCAGGUGAAUGGAGCAGCAACAGAAUUGAGAAAGCCCAGUUAUGCAGAGAUUUGUCAGAGAACGAGUAAAGACCCUUCUUCCUCCUCUCCAUUGCAACCCCCAAAAGAACAAAAGCCAAGCACUGUCGCCUGUGGGAAGGAGGAGAAGCAGCUGUCUGAGCCUGUCGAGAGACACCGAGAGCCCCCUGCCCUUAAGUCCACGCCUGGAGUCCCCAAGGAUCAGAGGAGGCAGCCUGGGCGCCGAGCCUCUCCUCCAGCUGCCGGGAAACGCCUGAGCAAGGAACAGAACACGCCUCCCAAGUCUCCUCAGUGAGAGCUGCGUGCCUGCGAGGGCUCUGGAAGAGCUGUACCCACCGUGAGAAGCUCUCCCACUCAGUACGGAAUGAGCCGCUGGUUAGGAGCUUGCAGUGUCUGUGGGGCCCGUGGGAUACCUGCAAGUUACUUCCUUCUGUGAGUCGGAUAUUCCCCCUCUUGGAAAAAAAAAUGUAUUUUUCAGGAUUUAAUUAUAUAAUAUAAACCUUAUUUUAGGUUGGUGCUUAACUGGAGGUGAUACAGAAGUCUGGUGUUUUCAGGAUAGAAAAUGUAUUUAUCCUAACAAAUGGAUAUUUUUUAUUAAGCCUCCACGUGGCUCUGAGUGCAAAGCUAUAAUGAGUUUUUCUAAAUUAAGGGAACUCUGCUACUUCCUUUUUUUUUUUUUUUAAUAGUUGGUCUACAAGUGCGCAUUGGUAGGGUGUCCAGCAGAUGGAUGGGGGCUGAUGGCAGGGGCAGGGGCAGCCUUGGCCUCACAGAGCAAGGGACUGGCAUGUCAGGACACUGACAGACUGGCAUAGGAGCUGUGUUUUCAUCUAAACCCUUAGCAACAGGUAACUCUAGCUUUAAAACAAGAUACAGAUGUACAUACAGUUCUUUUUUGAUCUAGUGGGCAGAACCUGCAAAGAGCACCCUAGAAAGACCUGAAACCUUUGAGUUUUGAUGUCCUGCGAGCAAGUAACCAGCCUCUCACUCCAGUUCCAAGUGGCUACUAUGUAAAAUAAAUUCAAAGCACAUUGUGAAUAGAACCUAGAUGGAAUUAGAAACUGCUGCUGCCCACUGAUGUCAGAAGUUGUACACGAUGUGUGUCCCUGUGAGUGAGUGGCUACCUGGCUCUCAUCCUCCAUGCUCUCUCUGUGUCCCCCACACUCUGGAGAGUCGUGUCUUAGCCAGCUCUGUGUGGAUGUCUUCUUGUCCCUCUGCAUCAGCACGUGGAUUUAGAAGUACCUAGCCGUGAGAGAGUGCUGUCGGUGGUCCCCUCUGGCUUGCGAGGACAGAGUCCUUGCUCUUUUACCUCCAGGACGAGGGUUUUCUUGAUUGUUUCAGAAGCUGCACUUCUGAGGAGCGAGAGUGCAGUCAAGUUAGCAAGUUCAUAAUAAAGUUACAGAUAAAUUAUUUUGUUUUAAAACGCCUAAGAUUUUUCUUUAAGUAUUCUAAGCAGCAGACAUUAAACUAUUUCCUGCUAUAUGUAACCAUACAGCUUAUUCCACAAAAUGCUAUUUAAUGAGACUGAAGGUUGUUUUGGUUUCUUUUUUCUUUUUUUUUUUCUAAGGAAAAAAAUUAUUUCCAUCCAAUAUUUAAAGACUUGAAUUUUAUUUAAACUUGAAAAUGACUUUGCCUUAACUUUUGUAUAAGACAGCUUAGAGCUCACGGAGACCUGCCCCUGGGUUGGCGGGAGUGGAUCGGUUACUCAGUUGCCAUGCGGAUCUCCUGGUGUUGGUUUUGCUGAGAACGCAUACUGUUGUACAAGAACUCCAGUGGUUUUUGUAACAUACCUACAGAUCUUCAACAGUUGAUCUUUUUUCAGAUUGUUGAAAAGUCCUGUAAAUGCAAAUAGUCGCUACUGUGUUAAAUCUGUGCACUUGGGAGUGUGCUCUGCUUGUACAGUGUAAAUAAUCAGAACAUAUGAGAAAGGUACCCUACAGAGAAGAAUCUGAUAAAAAUUAUUGAUAUAUUAUAAAUGUUGCUGUUGAGCUGAUGUAGAUAAACUAAAUGUUGUGGUUUGAGUAUUAUUUUAAUUUGUUAAGGUUUUUCUUUUUCCCCUUAUACUGGUGUGUUGAACUGAUUUUGCCUCUUUGCUGCAAAAGGGAAAUGGAAAGUCUUAUUGAAAGCCUUUGGAUGUUUUCAUACUCUUAAAAAGAAUGUAAGUACAUACUAAUCAUAUGUGAUAUGUGAGGGUUUUGAAGGAGAGUAUAGAGAGCAGAGACUGGCAGGAUCUUCCAAUGAAAGUAAAAAACAGAAUGUGCUAAUUAAAAUUAUACUCUGUUAAGUGAUUUUUCCUGCCAGAGGCAAAGAUGGCCUGAUGCACGUGACCAUUUCCUUCAGAGCAACUGUCAUUCAGUUACAUAGGAGUAUACGCAGUGCUGAUGUUUCAGACGCCUGUGAAAGGAACAUAGGACGAAUUUCCUUAUAGAUGUCAGAUCACUGACAAAAAAAAAAAAAAAAAAAAAGAAAGAAAGAAAGAAGAAGAAGAAAACAGCUGGCCUCUUGAACCCACACUAGCAGAUACUGUCUAUCUGGAAAGGCGAGCCUGAGGCCUCAGGCCCUUCACAUCACAUCUUUGCUGGAAGAGGGGCCAAAUUAUGGUCAGCACCCCUUACCCCCAAGGGUGCUCUCACAGAGGAGCUUUGAUUUUUAAUGAGAAGUCCUUUCCCCAAGGCUGAGCAUUGCAGCACGAAACCUGUGUGGCAGAGCCAAGCUGUAGGUGCUUGCUGUCUGCUGGCUGGAAGUGUACAGCUCAGUGGCCACACGCAAGGGCAGGUGGGCAGAUGCACGAGGUGGGACACUGAUUACUGCUUAGCCAGUGACAGCCUGGCAUCAGGAACUAAAGCCUUGCUCAGAUGUGAUUUUUAUAAGCACUCGUUUUUCAGGAAGCAAAGGUGAUAUGCCAAAUAGCUGUAUAAUGUCAAAACAGAGACUUCCUGAACACUUUGAGGUUUUCCACUCAGAAAAAAAAGGAAGUUAUCAAAAUAGGAAGCUGUUGAGGGUGCAUGCAGACUCUUGCUAUGUCACAUCCAGCAAGUGUGGUAUGUGGCUUUCAUAAUCUAUUUACGUUUACUCAUUCCUUUCAGUAUCUCAAGGUAUAGAAUCAGAGAUACCACAGUCACAAGGACCUUUUUAACCUGUAAAAUUGUGUGAUGAUGCUUACUUACCAUAUGGAAAUACGGACUAGGAAUCUGGCCCCACCUCACCAGACAGGAAUUUCAAGUGAUUCCUCUCUCAUAGUCAGUGUCAUGAUGUCUCUGUGAACCCCUCCUGUCAUUGCAUCACUGGUUGCCACUAGUGGGUGGCAAAAAAAAAAAGAAAAAAAAAAGAAAAGAAAAAAAGACAAAAAAAAAAAAGGAAAAAAAAGUCUUAUAUUGCUGUAUUAGGGUUUCUGCAGUUGAUAUUGAAAAACUGGUCCAGUGUGUCACAGCAGGCGACUGAUGGUGCAUACCUGUCUCUGUGUCCCCUUCAGUGAGCUGUAGUUGUGGGUUUGUGUGCUUUGUAGCCUGUUAUACGGAAAGCAACAGACAAUCGAAGAUUCCAGGAGUGCUAACUAACAGCUGCAAGUCACAGACGGGGAGUGUAACAAGUGGAAGCUUGCCUGAGGGCUUCUGUUUCUGUUCUACUUUUCAUUAAGACUGGAGUCAAGCUUACAUGUAAACUAUUGGUGAUUUAAGUUUCCUUUUGUGUCAUUUUUGUGUAAAACUGUCUAAUUUGAAAAAAAUGUAGCUUAUGAAAAAUAAAGAUUUAGGCACUGUUCAA